GUGGUUAAUGUUAGCUUUCACAUUCCACGACAUUCAGUCUUGCUUUUUUCUUGUUUGGGAUUAGAUCCCAGGAAUUGUGAUCAUGAGGCGUCUGAAUUGGUUGCAGGCUGGACAAAGAAAAGUUCGACAUUUAUGUUCUCACAACUGGGUUGAUGUUGUGAUCUUAGGAAGGUGUUAUCUUCUAAUACAUUGUUAUUUUGUAGGCGGUACGUAGCACAAAGUGAGGAACCUCGGAAGAAUAGUUUUAAACGGAGAAAAGAGUUAAGUGUACGGAAGAAACGAAGCUAGGAAAGGGAUUUGUGUAAUUGAUUUGUAACAAUUUCUUUGGACACCGUUUCGUACUUUGUUACCUGGUAAAUCUGAUUCGUUCUUAUUCCGUCUCACGGUCAAUUAAAUUAGCACCAUUCCAUUUCAUAGUUUGAUUGUAGAUUCAAAAUUCAAUGUCUGACACCGUCUUCUUACCCCAUGAAAUCCUUACGGAAAUCCUUCGCAGACUUCCGCCAAAGUCCCUUCUCAGAUUCACCACCGUCUGCAAGUCAUGGCGCUCUCUCAUCACCCACCCAUCCUUUAUCUCUCUCCACCACCGUCACUCCUCCUCCGUUCUCCUCCUUCAGUUCAGCAACCGCUUCAUCCUCCCCCACCGCCACCACCACCCCUCCACCACCCUCCGCCUCCCCUCCUUACCCCACCACGAUUAUUCCGUCGUUUCCUUCUGCAACGGCCUUGUUUGCGUCGCCUACGGUGAGCAUUGCCAAACUGUCAUCGUCUGCAACCCGUGUAUUCGACGAUUUGUCACCCUCCCCGCUCCCCUUCAGUACCCUUGCUACUACACUUCCAACGUUGCAUUAGGCUUUGAUUCCAGUAAAUGUGAUUACAAGGUGGUCAGGAUUUCUUGCAUGGUGGAUGAUGAAAGGUUCGGCCUUUCUGCUCCCGAGGUUGAGGUUUUCUCUCUUGCAACUGGGUCUUGGAGGACCCUUGAUCAUGGCAUUGCUCCUGUCUGCUACGUUGCUAGAGAUAGUCCCCCUGGAUUUCACGAUGGGCUUGUUCACUGGGUUGCCAAACGCUACGUGGCUGGUGGAUGGUACAAUUUUGUUUUGUCCUUUCACUUUGAGGGUGAGAUGUUUCGUGAAGUUAUGCUGCCAGAGAGCUUGGCUCGUCGUACCUCUUGGGGUAUGAUUAAGGUUGUUGGGGGUGGCAAUGGGAAGACACUUACUGUGUACGAUGUGGAUGGGGGUUCUCCAUGCUCUUGUAACAUUUGGAUGAUGAAAGAAUAUGGUGAGGUGGAAUCUUGGAAGAAGGCCUUUUCUUUUCUUAUGAGCGGAUUUUGCUUGGAAGCACCGUCUUUGGGAAUGAUGCUCACUGACGUGGAAAUUCCACCGAUGGAAUUGUGUGUUACGUGCAGUGGAGAGGUGUUGCUGCUAGUGGAUGUGGCAGGAAGGAGAUGCCUGUAUUCGCUGGACAUAAAGAAGAAAAGUUUUACGGACCUUCAAAUUGAAAUAGGCGCAGGGUUUGUUUAUUGUGGUUAUUAUGCUGAGAGCUUACUUUUACUGAACAUAGCAAGUGGUGUAGUUUCUUAUUGAAGGGGUAACGACAUUCCAAUCUGAUACUUAUGCAGUGUAUGUUAUCAUUGACUUAUCACGUCUACGUUUAUUUUCCACAAAUUUUGUUGCUUUCUCGGUGGGAGUUAAACCAUUCCAAGUACAAGGAGUGUAAACCAAGUCUUUAUCUUUGUUUCGUGUUUGUGGAUUCCAAGUACCCAACGGUUUACUGCGAAUACGAUACCUCAGCUGAAUCAGACAGGGGAACGGUUCUUGUUGGAAGCAGCUUCUCCAAAUCGAUUUGAUAACCAUGCUAAUAGGCUUUUUAAUGUUCAAUUCGUCAUAAUCAUGUUUGUUGCUUGCAUUAACUGUAAAUUUUAUCAGACAACCUUCAAAGCCGGAGCAUCCUUGAGUUUCGCAGUGCCUGUUGUGUACUUGUGUGAAUUCAGGUUGUUUUAUUUUUAAAUUCCGUUUAAAAAUUUAUGGUAAUGGCAAUAACUAUUAAUAUGAACA